AUGGCGGCUCUGCACAAGCUGUCCAGACUCUCAGGCCCGCAUUGCGUCCUCCUGGCCGUGCACUAUGCCACCCGCGCCAACAUCCCCGCGCUGCAUGCCCUGACGGCCCUGCGAGACGGCGACCUGCCGCUGGAGCUGAGCCUCAGCAUCCUGCUCCACUACCUGCCCGAGGAACACGAUCCCGCUGCGUACCACGACCUCCUCCACGCGCUGAACACGGGCUCGCGCUGUGCCGGCGAGAGCCCUGCCGAUGCCCUGGACCUGGCCGCCGUCGAGCACCUUUCGGGCGCGCGUGCAAGCAAGAGGGUGCACACGCUGGCGCUCCCCCCGCUCGCCCAUCCUCUGUAUGCCGGCGACAGUGACAUUGAUCCCUUCACCCACUUCCUGAUACAUCGCGCCCAUCGCAUAGACGCCCAGACCGGCCUGCUGGAUCUCGUUGCCCAGCUCGUCGUGCCCUUUCUCGACCACUCCGAGUACUUGCGUACGUGGUUCAUAUCCACGGCCCUGCCCCUCCUGCGCCUCAGCUACGAGUACUAUCCGCAAUGCGCUGCACCCACGCUCGAUGAAUUUGCCGCGCUGACGGGACGGCGUGCCAUCGACGUGCAGCUUUCGAACGCCUGCAAGGCUAGCGGAGAAGACACACAAAUUGUCGCGCGCGAUCUGAAGGGCGUCGUCGCCCCCUGGCUGUGCGGAGCCCCAGAUCGCAGGCGGCGAAGCUCUACGACGGGCGACGGGCGAGCACACACGCCCGACGACUGGGACUGUCUUUUCCAAUGGCUGCUGCAUGCAUCAAAGGAGCGCCUGGCACUGGUCGCAACCGCCAUUUCCCACUGGGACGGGCCUGAGGACAUGGAUCUGGGUGGUUAUGAACAAGGGCGAGACUACGUCGAGGACACGCAGCAGCGUCAGCUCGAGAUCAAGUAUGCACGCACAGCUCUUGCCUGCCUCUACCUGGUCCAUCAAAGCGACGCCGGCUCGCUGCAGACUGCACAUACACUGUUAGACCGGAUAUGUACACUGCUGAACUACGACCCGCUCCCGGAACUUGGCAUAGGCACGGACAAACUGCCUCGCUACGAUCUCAAGAUCCCUCUGCUACAUGACUCGACGCCUGCUCUACUUAGAGAAGAGCGUCUGCUCGAUCCCGAUAACGCUCUCACGCAACCGGGACCUGACGCAUUUCGCAUCCUGCAACUCUUCGUCUUCACCUCAUAUACCCUCUCUACUUUGCAGCACCCCUUGUCAAUCCGAGACGUUGCAAACAUGUCUCUGCGAGAUGACUACUCGGAGCAAAUGUCCGUGUUGCAGAAAAUACUCCAUACGCCCAGCAGUGCCUCGAAAAGAGACAGCGAGCAAUGGCGUAUCAUUCGGUCGAAGCUGGUGUGGCUAUGGAACUGGGGCACGGAUAGUCACGAUGAGGACCGCAGGGCCCAGGGUAUCUUCGGGAUGCUAGAUAGGAAGACCAUGGAGACGGAAAUUCUGAAAGCGCUUCUGGGGAGCAACCACCUGUCUCUGGCCAUAGAAACCUACCUGAAGCCGGCCUUUGGUCAGCGGCCGCUUCUUCCCUCUGAUGUAGAGAAAGUUGCCCUCGCUUCAGCCAUGCAUUUUUACGACAACGCAAGCAAUGGAAAUCGCAACAGGGGCGGCGUCAAACGCGCUGCUGACAUCUUGACUGCCUUUGCUCCCCAUUUCCCUUCCUCUUCCCGCUUCCGGCGUUUCGAGGCCUUGCUUUCAGCAACGCACGCUAUGUCCUUUUACUCGCUCAUACUCCAACACGGUGUACCCUUUCAACCAGUCAACAUUAGGGUCAGUUCGAAUCCUCUGUCUCUGGUACGGAAGUUGCUAUCGCAAAACAGCGGCAGCUACACAAAGCUGGAUGACUUGGUGUCUAUUGGUCAGAAUUUGGUCAUGGCAAUGCCGUCGACAAUCAUGGACGAAGAGGGAUGGGACACCGAGUCCGAUCCGGCCGAGAUUGAGCGGAAAAAAACAGCCACCGAGAGAAGAGUAAUCGGAAUGGCAAUUGAGGCUGCACUCGAGGAGGAUGAUUUUGAGACGGCCUACUCAUACGUCGUAAACCGGCUGACACCAUCUACGCCGUCAGGGACACCCUCGGCAUCAUCUCAGCAUCUUUCAUACGGGCUUGGCGACAACGAGGAUCAUGAGGACGACGCGGAGGAUGUCGCCUGGCGGGCUGCUCUACGUGCUGGGCGCUACAACUCUUCGUCUCUAUCCAAUUCCUGGUCACAGGCUGCAAACACGGCGAGGCCAGAUCUGAGGAGACUGGAGCAACGCAUGGAGUUACUUUCACAGGCUCUUUUGUUGGCGCCGCCUAACCAUCUUGAAGAAGUUCUUUGCGUAUGGCAACAAUGCGAAGCCGAGACGAUGCACCUCUUAGCUCAAGAGAACGAGGCAGAAGAACGUUUCAACGACGCAGCAGACCGAAAGCUACCUGGUACUUUCGACAUGGACACGGUCAGUGUUCAACCUCGCCGUGAAGUCGGCAGGGGCGCGGUAGAAGAGGCGCCAAUGGGCUUGUUUGAUGUGGCACGCGGUGCAGCGGCAGCCUUCUCCAAGACAGCGUUCCCUCUGCGCGGAAGUGUAGGAGCUGCAUCGAACCCGAAGCUUGCGUCAAGUCGUGCUAGCAUGGACGGAAGUGAGUCGGGUAGCAUCGAGGGCCAGGAGCGUGUUAGGAAGAGGGAUAUGGUUACCAAUGCUGCGACAGGGGCUCUUGCUUCCGGUAUUGGCUGGAUGUUGGGUGCAAAGCCAGUUACCGAAUGAGCUUCCAAAAGAAGAGAUGCCGACUGCAUGACAUGGUAGUCCAGGGCAUUGUAAAACAUCUUUCUGUUGUGCGUAUCUAGACCAGAGGAUGACCCUGGCAUUUUCACCUUUG